UGAAAUCAGGUGAUUUUUAUUGAACAUUGUGCGCGUGCGCACACUGAUUUUCUUGUACAAUUUACCACAUCAGUCAGCACUGGUAAACGAAACUGACAAUUAAAUCAUAGUUAAUAGGCCUCAACAUCUGAUGAAAACAUUUGGGAAAGACUUGAAGAAGUUAUAUCAGCUCGACUUUUAAUUCAGAAGUAAUGAUCCGUGACCCACAACAAUAUAAUUUCCCUUGGGGUUGGCGUAAACACGACACUUUCGUUUUGGAUAUGCAAAUAAUUCCAUAGUUACCUAUUGGAUAGACUAGUCUUGGUCUCGUCCAGUUUGUACCUAUUAAAAUCAACAAACAGAAAGGGAUGUAACUAUUCAAAUCGAAAGCAUCAAAAAGUACAACUUCCAAUGUAACAAAUAUCAACAAAAAUGUAGCCAAAGAUCGCUGGAGUAAAUUAGUUGGUGUUCCUCUCACGUCCAUCUCAAGACGCCAUGCAAAACCGAGCGGCAGAACGGCAGCAUAAUGUGGGAACCAGACUUGGAUUGAUUUGUAACCCAUUGCACGCACGUACGGAGGCUAGGCCUAUGUGUAAACGAGACCGCUUCGCACGUACAUGAGGCACGGAGUCCCACACGUGACAUACUAUAAUGAGAUUGCGUGUCGGCCGUUGCUCCUAAUCGUGCAGCGCUCUAUCCUGCGUCUUCCAUCUACAAAUCCCAGUCCACAGAUGCUUUACAGGCUAUAUUUCUCUCACACACACACACGUACAUUGAUCAUGAAGACAGUAGUGCAAUAGAACAGCGGUCAGGAUGCAGUUACCAUGGCUGCAAGAGCAUUCCAAGACAGAGAGCGAUGCUAUAUACUCGCCAGACGACAGCUGGUGCUGUUGAUAACAGCGUGAUCGGAGCAAUAAACACUACCGACGGGAGGCGCAGAUCUACGGGGAGACAGUCGCUGGAAUCACGCUGAUUAAACUAGACGUCCUGCGUUGAGACAAAUUUACAUUAGCCGAUGAGAGUGUUAUUUUAGUCGCGGAUAGUGACAAACUAUUGAAAUUAGGCCAUAAAUUCGUACCUGCUGCGAGGCUUGGGGCGAUUUUUAUGAACUAACUGACCAGGAAGAAUUUCGAGACAGUUAAAAUUCCAAGAUGAGUUCUUCUGAUUACAGGAAGGUUACCAUGAUGAUGGACAACCCGUCUUACGACGGUUUCUUAGAUGGGCGUGGCGAUAGGAGGCCCCAUCAUCGCAUGAAACCUUUCGUGUUGGUUACACUCCUCCUAUUGGCCGUGGUGGGCGUGGCUGUAGCUCUGGCUGUCAUCUUAACGGGAAAUAAACCUAACUUGGAAGUUCCAGAGGCAGUGACGAUACUAGGCAGCCUACAUAUAUCCAAUCGGGAAUACCAAGAAACUUACGCCGAUAAAACCACAAAGGAAUUUGCCUCCUUGGAGAAAGAAGUCACUGAUGCAAUGGACCGGCUUUACAACAAAAGUCUAUUUCGUAACAUUUACGUCGGAAGCAGCGUCUCAGGAAUCAGGAAGGGCAGCGUGGUGGUCGAUUUCGCCAUCCAUCUUGAAAUCCCCAAGAUCUUGUUUGACCUGAAGAAGGAUAAAGACAAACAAGUCUCAGCCCCUGAGUACAACGAGGCUUAUGUGCAUCUAGUCAAAGCCAUUGACGGAAACGCAUUGGGAGAGUUCACCAUUAUUGAAUUUAGUCUGUCUUUCGACUCGGAGAGUCUGAGUUUUGACGCCAUCACUCUGCCGCCAGUAUCCAGAACAGUUGAGCAGGCGGGUCAGCUGGUGCCAACGACUGCCUCGAACCCUCUACCAAAAGAUGCGUGCAACGAUAACCCGUGUAGUAACGGAGGUACGUGCGUGCUUCAGCCUGAUACCGACCCGUAUUUCUCCUGCCAAUGCCCCGAGGGAAGCACCGGAGAUCUCUGUCAAAACGCUCAACAGUCACUCUGCGACGCCCAUCCCUGUCUGAACAACAGCACGUGUGAGGGCGGGCUUCAUUACUAUCGCUGUAUAUGUGCGGCGGGUUAUGCAGGCGAGAGUUGUGAGACAAUGCAAAUUUCGCUGUGCGAGAGCAACCCGUGCCAACAUGGCGGAACUUGCCGUGGUGACACGUACUUCUUUAAUUGCGCAUGCGCCUCUGGCUGGGGCGGCAGGUUCUGUGAAUAUGUCGCACCGAGUAACCCAUGCAACAGUAACCCGUGUCAGCACGGCGGACAGUGCUGGUUCAGCACCGUGGCUGGUCAGGAGCAGUACACGUGUAUCUGUCCCCCAGGCUAUGAGGGGAAAAACUGUGGAAUAUCCAAAAACACACAAUGUAUCGAUAUCCCAAUCCUUCAAUGUUGUCCCUUCCUCCCUUACAACCAAACCGUCUCCCCAAACCCAUUCCAGUUGACAGAAACCCACGAUGAACUUAUGGAAUUCUUCGAGUUGUCUUACCACUUCCUGACCCCGAGUUGUCACCCGGACGCCCAGCGAGUUCUCUGCACCAUCCUAAACCCUCAGUGCCCGGAAAUCGACACAACAGGUCAGAGUGGUGAUGACCUUACGACGUUACUGGACUUCCAAUUGCCAUGUCGGUCUGUUUGUCGUGAGGUCCACGAUUCCUGUCUUUCCAAUUUACCCUCGCAACUUCGUAGGGAGUUCGAAGUGUUCGGUAACUUCUGCUAUUCACUGCCGGAGUCGAAAGAGGAAAGCGUUUGUUUCCAGUCAUCUCGACAAGAAACGCCGUAUGAAGAACCGGUCGGGUGUAGGUCCUCACCGUGCGAGAACGGCGGUGCCUGCCUGGAACUCAACGAUAUCAUCCGGUGUAGAUGUCCGCGGGGCUACGGUGGACAAACCUGUGCAUACGAGUUGCCGAGCCCAUGUUCGCCAAGUCCCUGCCUAAAUGGCGGCAUUUGUAAAGUUGGCAGGGAUUCCUUGAUCCCUCGAUUUACAUGCGAGUGUCCAGCACCCUACGUACCGCCUUACUGUGACUCGGGACAGUGAAAGGUAAACAUUUUUUAACAGUAUUUGUUUUUUAAAUUAUCGCAAUCACAUCAAAUUACAGAAAUUUAUAAUGAAAUUUGUGAUAAAUUGAUUCACUUGUGGACAAGUUUACAAUGCCGCACAAUAAUUUAUUUUAGCAUUUUGGAGAACAAAAUAUCGAAACAGGCCGACGAGAGUUAUAAAUAUUGUUACAACAUAAAAUUAUGAGAACAAAAGUGAAGGGGUUACCUUGACAAUUUGACAAACGCAACUUAAAACUUUAUUUCAGGUAUUGGUUGCUCAUGUCUCUAAAGUUGUUAUAUUUCGUGUCAAAUAAUUGCCGAAAUGAAGCACUUCAUAAGAGGAAUUUACUCAAAGUAUUGUUAUUUUUACCAGUCUCGCCAAUCAUGCGAGUUGAACUCAUUUGUCUUAUAUCUUGCAAAUAGGAAGCACUUUCACUAACACACGUUGACAAAUCACUGCGCACGCGCCAUCUUGUGACCCUUGACCCUUAUUACGUCAUCUCAGAGAGCCAAUCAGCUUCCGUCCCGAUCCAUGUGACGUCUGUGACAGUAAGAAGGGUUGUGCUACCUUUUAAUUUAUUUGAAAGACUGGAAACAGUAUUUUUGAAAUCUUAUAAAUGUUUUUAAUUCAUAAGACUUUUGCUCUUAAGGACGUAUUGUUCAUUUCCAAUAUCAUUAAUCAUUUUGAUGAACUUUUUUUCUUGGCAAUUUUUUGGCCAAUUGUCGAGGCAACUAAUUUAUUGUAUUUUAAAUGAUUUGUUGGUGGAACCAGUGGUAAUAUCAAGAGGAAAAAGGGUUCCAGUCGAUUUUUCCGUUGAUCCAUUUUACUGAAAUAUUUCUUUCCUCCAUUAGUGAGUGUUUUUGCUCGGUUAAUGGACGCAUAAUUUCGUUGUAAAGUUGAGGUUUAUACUAUUUGUUGCAUGAUUCUUAGUAAGAAAAUCUAUCAUUCAUCUCUGUAAAUAAUAUAAUAAUUUAAACAAGCAAAUAUUUCAAUUAAACUUUACUGUUAAGUACAAAUCGGGUAGAGAAUUGCAAUUAAUUUACAUACGCUUCUCUGCGCAUGCGUAAGCGUGCGCCCAGCUUAUUAAUUAAUCAAUUUACUUUUGUCUAGAGGAAACACGAUUGCAACGUUUUACCCUUUGUAAAUAUAUUUGAUUAAAAUUAAUGUAUCGACAAUGUUUUAAAUUUUUUCCAUGGUGAAAUCUCCGUAUUUAUUAACGAUAAUGUUAAAUUAAUAUUUGGUAUAAUAUGACACUAUAGUGUCAUAUAUAGUGUCAUAUACCAAAUAUAUACCAAGUAUACUUGUUCUUUCAAAAUGUGAAACUUUAAAACUAUAGCAGCAAGUUCCCAUUUUGUACGACGGCUGUUUUAUUUUAUUGAUCACCAUUGAAUUAAAAAAAAAUUUUCGUUUCUGUUUUGCCUAUCUUUGGUAAAUUAAGGAUAUAUAUACAUGACCUAUUUCGAAUCACAAUUUUGGGGAAAACAAAGAUGUUGUAACGACUCUAUUGAUGUGGCUCAUAAAUCCGAGUAUAUUUAAAUCAUGUUUUGACUAUCUUUUAAUGAACUUGACUUGAACAAAGUUGACAUUAAAUUUUGUCUUUUGAGUUUU